CGUGGUCACGUGGUCACAAACACGACUCCCGAUCCGGACUCCCGACUUCCGACGCAUGUAAUGUCAGCUCGCUGGUGGUGAUUCACGCUCGGGCUCGGCUUGCUCGCGCGCCUGUCAAACGACCGCCCACGGCGUCCACACGAUCACAGACGAACGGCCACGUUCUGCUCCGGUCGCGAGCAGGAUGAUGGAGGAACCAUUGAGUCAAAGUGCCUCACCGGCCAGUGGUGGUAACUUUUCAGUGAGCGACGGCGGUGAAUUGAAUUCGACCACCAUAGUCAGUUUAGACGAAAGGAUAUUGGAUAUCACGUCGCGGCAUACCCUAAAUGUUCUCAGAACCCCCCCGACCAAGAAGGCCAAAAGAGUUCGAUUCUUCCGCAAUGGAGACAAGUAUUAUACAGGUGUGGUAAUGGCAGUGACGCCUGAAAGAUAUCGCAGUUUUGAUAGCCUCGCGACCGACCUGACUCGUGCCCUGGUGUCGAACGUUACCCUGCCCAAUGGCGUGCGAACGAUAUAUACUAUGGACGGUCGCAAGAUACAGACCGUCAGCGAUCUGGAGGAUGGCAAGUGCUACGUGGUGUCUGGUCAGGGCGAGAUCUUUAAAAAGGUUGAAUAUUCGGCGUCCAAAGUCCGUCGAGGAAGCUCGCUAUCCGGGUUGCCACAGUCGCCGGCGACCAGCAGCGGUGGCGGUGGCACCGGCAGGCAGAUCAGCGCCAUUCCGCUGUGCGUAAAGGCGCGCAUAGUGACGCUGAUCCGCCACGGUACCAAGCCCCGCAAAGUAAUGCGAUUGCUGUUGAACAAGCGCAACGCGCCGAGCCUCGAGCACGCGAUGGAGGCGAUUACGGAGGCGGUGAAACUCGACACUGGAGCGGUGAGGAAGGUGUACACAUUGUCGGGUCAGCAAGUGACCUCGCUUGAACAAUUCUUCGAGAAUGACGACAUCUUUGUGGCUUACGGCCCGGAGAAGUCCGUACAGGAAGACUUCGAGCUGGACUUCGAGGAAAGCAAAUGUGUGCAGAGUUUCCGCCGAUGUCCGUGGAGUUUCAAACGACAGAGCGGACCGAUGCCGCGAAUGCCGAGAAAGUCUGGCAAGAAAACGCUUUCCACACCGCAAGUCAGGACUCCCAGUCCAUCAUCAUUGAUACUGCCACAGCCUCUAAGGUUGCAUUACACCGUAGGACAUAUAAUUGGAGAUGGAAAUUUUGCUGUUGUCAGACAUUGCACCCACAAAUCUAGCGGUGCUGAAUACGCUAUGAAAAUCGUGGAUAAGUACAAGUGUCAAGGGAAAGAAACAAUGCUAGCGAGUGAGGUAGCAAUACUAAGACAAGUUUGUCAUCCCAAUAUAAUUAGCUUGAUCGCGGAACAAGAUACUGCCGAACAGCUAUUUUUAGUUAUGGAACUCGUCAAGGGUGGAGAUUUGUUCGAUGCAAUCGCAGUUGCAACGAAAUUCUCUGAAGCAGAGGCAAGCGUGAUGAUUAGUCAUUUAACUUCUGCGUUGGCUUACUUACAUUCACAUCAUAUCGUACACCGUGAUGUCAAGCCAGAGAAUCUCCUGGUUGAGAUGGAUGGCAGUCAUGUUAGAUGCUUGAAAUUAGGUGACUUCGGACUCGCGCAAGUAGUGCGAGAACCUUUGUACACAGUCUGUGGUACACCUACUUAUGUAGCACCGGAAAUCCUUGCUGAAACUGGAUACGGUUUAAAGAUUGACGUAUGGGCGGCCGGAGUAAUUCUAUAUAUUCUCCUAUGUGGUUUUCCGCCAUUCGUAUCAGUAGAUAAUGAACAGGAGGAACUGUUUGAGCGUAUCCUGAGCGGUCAAUAUGAAUUCACAUCACCAUACUGGGAUACGAUAUCGGAUUCCGCGAAGCAACUCAUCUCGAACAUGUUGCAGGCACAGCCAGAGCUUCGAUUCAGCGCAGAAGAUGUGCUAGAUCAUCCGUGGCUCGCGCAGAGCUUUCUAGGAGGCGAGCAGACCGCAGCAACAGCAACAGCCACCGACGCAUCGGCGGAGCAAUACUGGGAUCAGCAGCGUAAGCCGAUAAGAUUGGCCACCUUUGAAUUCGACUUCAAGAAGCAGCGCAAUCAACGACAAGACGACGAUACCAAGACAAGAGCUGACUGGAAGAAUGAUAUUGACUGUCAUGAUUCACCAUUUAUCGAUACCCGAAAAAAAUUGGAUGAACAGAAUCACGAUGAAAUCGAUUUUGCCAAUGGCAAUAGCAACGAAAAUGAUGAAGUGUUUCUUAGCUCCGACUGUUUGAGAGACAUCAAUAGUCUGAGUCGAUCGAUGCACGAUCUAAUAGACAGUUUAAACGAUAACAAAACGCCACGACGUCGUCUCGAAUCACAAAGCGCUACUUCGUCGCUCAACAGCAUUCCAGAGAAUUUAAAUACGUGCAAUUAUCGUAGUAAUUCACCGAUUCGUUGCAGCAUCAUCGAGAAGACAGUUACGUUUCCUAGGAAUCAUCGAGGCGAUCAGAAAAACGGAAACUCGGUAAAAGAGCCGAGGUACCGUUACAUACAUACUAGUUCGAUACAUUCGAACUGCGAAACGCCGAAGUCGACGCAUAAAUCCACGAAUCGGCAAAGUAAAUGCAACCAGAAGAACUUUUACGCCAAGCUGAAUCGCGAAAACAAAUUCGACAGCGAUGACUUCCGCAACAGCAACGCGACUGCGUCGACGUCGAGUGAUAGCCUGACAGGUGACAGUUCGACCGGCAACGACAUCGAGACUUCUGACAGUUUUGUAAACAUACAAUUUGCACGAUUGACACGCGGGCAAAAAUCGAGCUCGACGCAAAGUAUGGAAUCAACCGACAGCUUCGAGAAUGUGAGUUUCCAAUACAUGAACCGGAACAAUUGUCUCGAUGAUCAUUCCUCACCGAUUUCUUCGAAGCUGGUGAACAAUCAGACUCAGAAUACGACUGCUGCGAGGAUAUUGCAGACUCGAAUAGCUGUGCUGAAUACGUUAAGAUCAUCUAAAUUGGACAACCAACCGGAUAAAAAGAACUGCAACAGUCCAUUCAAUUUGGUUCAAGAAAUGGGCAAAUGCGACAUGAACGAACCGGUGAAGUUGCGACACGAAAGAUACGUUAAUAAGAAGAGUCAUCAAAUAGAUUCUCAAAGUUUUAAGAACAAGAGAUACAGUUGUUUUUCUCCAUGCACAACAAAGGGCUUGCCUGAGGAAGUCGGAGGCAGUGGUGGCAAUAAAGUGACACCGCGGAAGUUUAACUCGACGGAUGAAUUGCGCGACGAAGUGAGGCAAAAGCCGGCAGCGCGGACAAAGCGAUUCAGUCUGUACUAUACUCCGCAACCAUUGAGGAAAACAUACGAGAGUGAAGCGAAGACCGGGAGGAUUACGUACAAAGCGACAGGUCGCACGCAAAAAUCUGAGAUGAGCAAAGGAAAGGAUGGAGAGGAGAUAGAAAGAAUGGAAAAAGUAGAUAAGAACCGGAGAUCAGUAAUCGGCGCUUCGACGAUCGCCAGCAGGAGCAAAUCUAACAGGCAAAAUGUCCAUGUGAAAUCAAGCGGUAUAUUAAACACCACCAGGACAAAGUGAUAACGAGCAGCGAGAAGUCGAGGUGAUUCGCCUAAGGUGUGUGGAUAUUAAUGUACAAUUUGCGUCAGACGAAAUCCAAAGUCUAAGCGCUUUAAGAAUCAGGCGAUUACGAUAUUUAUUGAUUAAAAUCAUUAAAUUAGUUAAUACUUUUACGUAGUGAUCGAAAAAGCGAGCCUCAUUGAAGUCAAAAAUUACUUUCUUAAUGACUAUGUACAUGCGUUGAGAACAAUUACAUGUCUUUUUAAAUUCUGUUAAAUUGAAAUUGCUAAAAUGAGGGACUUAAAACAAUAGAGGACUAGAUGAAAUGACACUAAACAUUUUACAAAGGAAGAAACGAUCUCAUAAUUCUUAGAUUUUGAACUUCCAGAUUUAGACUAACAGCAUCAACGAAAAAUGUAGUAACUAUAACAUAUCUAUAACUUUUUUCCUAAAUUUUUCAGUUUAUUGGUUGCGAUAAUAGCAAGAUAUUAAAUAUAAAACAAAGGGAUUAAAGGGUUAUAAUAUUUUUUUAAGUUAUUUUAGUGAUAAAAUAGCAUUGGGAAACGAUCAUAAAGAUGUUAAAAAGUGCAGUUACAAUACUUUUCGUUGACGCUAUUUGGAAAGAGAUCCUCAAAUCUGGCAAAAUAUUCAACACAAUGAAAUGGUGUAAAACUUUUUUUAAUUUGCGUAUAUUUCCAUACAAUUUUUAAUUGUUGAAAAAUAGCUGAAAGAGACCAAAGACGGAUAUAUAAUUGCAAAGUGCAAAAAAGAUUUUUUAAGGAUAAAACUGGAUUGAAUUUCAUAUCUAUAAAAAUUACACUUACCAGUAUUAACUUCUAGAGUUAAUCUGGAGGACUUGCUAGCUAUUAAAAACCCGGUUGCAAUUCGUCCUUUUUUAGAUAUCUUUUUAGUUAGAGUAAAAAUAAUAUAUAUGUAUAUAUAAUCUCGCGCGAUAGUGCUAAUCGAUGAUAAUGAUGUAAUCAAUCUUUAAUCAUUUGAGAUUGGAGAAUGACUAUGUCAAGAGCACCAAGAUAGUGGUUCGAUAGCGUGUAAUAAGAUUGAAGCAGAUGAGUUUGAAAUUAAGAACAAAACAUGCCAAAUGCAUUUAAGUAGUUUAUUUUAUAUUGGAUGUUUACGCGUAAGCUUAGCUGUAGGUAAAACGUAGAGUAUUCAAUCAACCCUUUCAGUUCCAUGAUGCGAAAGAGGCUUCAAUAGCAUUCGUGUUGGCGCGAAAAUUAAUCCCGUGACGUUUUUUAGCUUAUUUAUACUGAUAUUUAUAUGUCUCGUUUUAUAACUAAAGGAAGUUUGUCUCAAGCCAAAUCGCGACUUUGAGGUGAAAGUGACACCGAAUAGUUUCUUAAAGAGUGCAAUGUAGGAUCGAAAGGGUUAUGGUAGAGAAUAAGUAGGAGGAUUGAGCUUCAUUUUCGAACGUUUAGUGAUUAGUAAUUGGUAUUAAUAACGCAAGAAUUUUUGCAACGGAAGACAAAGGGCGACAAAUUGGGCGAUUUUGGAAUGCUGGAUAAGCGUAAUGCACAUUGAACUUACUCAAGGAAAGGCGAGAAGAUAAUUAUUUUUGUAAAGAAGCCGCGUCGUACUAGCAAUAAGAUGUGACACUGGUAAAUUGACGAAGCGAGUGCAUGCGCUGCAGAAAAAGAAAGAGAUGACUAUUAUUAUAAUUAUUUUUGUAGGUGUUGAUAAAGUGGAAGCAAGAAUUGACAAUGUCGUUUUUAUCGAAAUGGAAAAUUAUUCUUUCGCAAAAUAUAACUUUUUAUCAAAUUAGUAAAGAGUACGUUUUGGAAAAGAACAAAAAUGUGCUUAUAAUAAGUUAAGUUUUAAGUGCAUGCAAUUAUUUAUUUAAGGUUCGAAGCUUUGAAAUUCAACAGUUUUAAGAAUAACGAAAGAAUAAAUUUUGUAAAGUAUCGAGACUCGAUCAAAUCUUGACUCAACUUUAUCAAUUGUGAAAAUUGUUAGAAUCAUAACAUCGCGCUCUUUGUCGCUCGAUCGUUGCUAAUCUGUGGUCUCACUUUUGCUGCAGCGAUUCCUGACGAUUUUUGUGUCGCGCUCGUGUGAUGUCUAUCGACAAGUCGUGUACAUAAUUGUAAUGACGUGUGUGUAAGGCUUGAUUACUCGUGAAAUGAUAAAAGUACUGUCGUUACUGUGAUUCGUUCGCUCGUUAUUCAUUUUUUCGCGUUUUCUAACGCGGAAUUAUCCCGACUUAGAAUUUGUUAAUAAACGGUAAUAAUUAUAAUUUGUUUCUCGUUCUUGUUUUGUUAUAUUAUUCUAAUAUCGUAAUAAACAUACCGAUCAGCGGGCAAUUUAUGGUAGUUCGUAGGCUUUAAACGUGAUUUAUGCCAAAAAUUAAAAUGCACAUUGUGACUUUAGCUAUUUAUAUUAUAUAUUAUUAUAUUAUUAUAUUAUACAUAUAUAUAGAUAUAAUAUUCAUAUGAAAGCAAGUCUUAUCGACAUUAUACUUUAUUUUCCAAAUUCAGCUUAUAUCAGCUACGUCUGUUUUGUUUGCGAUUUGCAGGAAUAAAAUGAAAAGGAAAAUGCAGUACCUUACAUCAGUGUCUUGCGAUGUUAAUUUCAUAUUUAUUUUCCAAGAUAAGCAUUGUACAAAUUUAAUUAAUAAAGUAUUUUAAUUCUUAAAAUUAUUUAUAAAAUAUAUUCCGCUAAGUCCCGAUUAAUAACACAUUGAUCGGAAAAUGGCGAAAUAUAUUUCAACUUAUAAAAUAUAAUUAAUAUAUUAUUAAUAUUUUAUCACGUGUUUAACAUUUUUUCAUAAUUUUUAACAGAAUUUGAUGUUUAAAUUAUUUGAGAUUUUAAUUUUUGCCGGAUUUUGUUUUCAGACACAGUUACACAAAUUUUACUUUGCACUUUUUUCUAGCAUAAAAAGAGCGAAUAAAUUGCAACAUGCAUUUCUUGUACAAUUGAUUGCAUUAGUGUUUAUGCGAUGUUUGAUGGCACUACGAGUUUCUAUUUUAUCGCUAUUACAAUUAUUCGAAAUUAUUAAGCAACACACAUCAUUAUCAUAAAUGCACCCGUAACUAUUUAAUGUACUGCCACGAAACUAACAUUAAAAAAUAUAACUAUGAAAUUUCAUGGCUAC